GUGAGCAAAAAAACAAAAAGCCAGAAGAAAAAGGGAAGAAAAACAUGGCAUACUGAGCCGUUAAAGUGCAGUAUUAUCCUUUUCGCAGCAAAAAAAUCAAAGAUUCCAUAGAAACUUGUUGAUCAUGGCAAUCCUCAUAUAAGGAAAUAAAUCACAUCUUAUAGAUCUUGUAAAUUUUAACACAAUCCAACUUAUACUUUUCAUAUCUAAUAACAAUUAUUGCACUGCCCAUUGAAUGUUGUUUUUAAAGCUACAGAUAAAUUUCUUUCUCUUCCGCCAUUGAAAUGACACUUUCACUUUUCCUUCUUUCUCUUCACUCUCACCGCAACAGUCUCUUUUCUUCUCCAUUCUGAGACUGUAGGGUGGUGGGGAGCUAUAUUAUAUUAAAUUUAUUUAUUAGUUUAAUGGAGUCUGGAGCUAAUAAGAGAAAGAAGAUGGUAAGAAGAGAAAAAAUUACUGCAUUAGUUGUAGAUGAUGACAUUACGAAUCGAAUCAUCCAUCGAAGGCUUCUGCAACAUCUGGGUAUAGAAAAUCAAGAAGUUAAAAAUGGCAAAGAAGCUGUUGAUAUUCAUUGUCCAGGCACAUUUUUUGAUCUCAUUCUUAUGGACAUGGAUAUGCCCAUAAUGAAUGGCAUUGAGGCUACGAAGCAACUCCGGGCGAUGGGGAUACGUAGCACCAUUGUCGGUGUAUCUACACGGUCAAUCCAAGAACAAGUGCAAGAAUUUAUGGAAGCUGGUCUGGAUGGAUAUCAAGAGAAGCCAUUGACCAAUGCUAAGCUUAUUUCUAUUCUUGAUAAGAUUAAUCAUAAUGGUUCAUAGUCUCAUAGAUUAUAGGAUAUUUUUUUUUUUUUUGUAUUUUUCCUUUUUUAUUUUUUUUUAUUUUUUUUAUGUUUAGUGUGAUCCUUGUAAUAUCUUGAUAAGUGCAUGUAUUAUCAAUUUGGCAAAAUAAAAUAUGUUGCAUAAAAA